AGGAGGCAUUUAAAUGGAUCCAUCUAGGUCUCAUUUACACUUUUGUGUUCCUGUGUUUUGCAAGCAGUUUAUGAAGGUUUACUCAGAUUGAAUGGAAGGCUGAAAGCCAUGGCAGCUCAAUGGAUUCUCGCUUUUCUGAUGUCCACUGCAGGUGUUUGCAGCAGUCAGUCUUCAGAUUGCACAUAUUAUGGUCUACUGGAACACUUAAACCUGACUACAUCAAAUACGGCUCUAGAAAUAAUGCGACCAGUGAAAAACUGGACCACCACCACCGUAGUGGACCUGGCGAUGGUGUUGUACGGCAUUUUAGGGGUUGAUGAGAAGUCUCAAACUGUCACGAGUCACAUCUGGUCCACAAUGUAUUGGACAAAUGAAUUUCUAACCUGGAAUUGCUCGAACUUCUGCGGGAUAAACGAGCUGUCUAUUCCAAGAUCGAAGAUUUGGAUCCCGGAUAUAACCAUUGAACAGGAUGCCUCUGAUAGCGGCAGCAUCCUUGAAGAUCCUUGGGUCAACCUGAAUCCCAACGGUUCAAUGUUUACGUUUUCCCGCCAGAAGCUGACCUUCACCUGCCGCUUCAACCUCUACAAGUUCCCCUUCGAUGUGCAACGUUGCAACAUCACAUUUGUAUCAAUGAGUGCUGACGUGAACACCUUGGUUUUCAGAUCAGUCAAAGAUUACCUGAACCUGAUGGUUCUGUCAAAGCGGUAUAUGGUCACUCAAGGCGAAUGGGACCUUAGAGACAUGGAAUUUCUCCAGGAUCAUAUAACCAACGGAGAGAGAAACCACAGCACACUUGUUUACAUUGUGACGCUCCAGAGAAAGCCUUUUCUUUAUGUCAUAAACUUCAUCAUUCCCCUGGUGUACUUACUGGUCCUGGAUUUGGCUUCCUUUUUUAUUUCUGUGGAUUUGGGUGAAAAGUUUGGCUUUAAAGUGACAGUGCUCCUGUCCAUUUCUGUCUUAUUGCUGAUUCUGAAGGACAUUUUGCCCUCCACAGAAGUAGACCUUCCAAUUAUCGCCAACCUCUGUGCUGCAGUGUUCACCCUGGUAUGGCUCAGUGUGCUUGAAUCCAUUCUGGUGAGCUUCCUCUUUAAUCUGGACCAUUGUUGUGAUAAACAAAGUAAGACGUGUGCUGAGGGCAAAAGAUUUAUGAAGAGAACCAAAGGUCACAAAGAGGUCAAUGAAGAGACUGGACACCUUAAACCAGAGCAGAGGAUUUUUCCUCUGGGUCAACUCGGUGAUGUUGGUCUUCUGAAACUGAUCCUGGAUGAAGUGAAGGCAGCUCGACAGGAAGCUGGACGUCAGAGGAAGCCUGGAUGCUGCAGAAGAGUGGCUAAAAUCAUUGACAACUUGUUCUUUGUUGGAUAUCUUUUGACUUUUGUAGCAUUUGUAAGGUAUAUAUGUGUUGGAUGGAUUGAAUUUUGAAUUUUAUUUGGAUUUUGUAGACUGGGUUUUCUGCUUGGGAUCCGUCUGGGGACAAAAUACGAUAUUUUACAUUAGAUUUUUCUCAUAGUUUUAGAAUAUAAACAUCUUUUCUUCUCUUUUUAAGUGCCUCACCAUAAAAAGUUGCACAUAUGAAAUGUAUGUAAGGAUUAUAUAUUACUUUAAAAUCAGCAUUAGAAUAAUUUUGUUCGACAUGCAGAGACAUAUUUCCACGCUAACAAAUAGAACAAAAAAAACAAAAAAACAAUUCAAUUUAAUUUAAUUAUAACAAUAGUAACCUAUGUGUUUUUAUUUCUGUCUUUG